UCACAGUGUGCAGCUAUUCCGCCCAGGAAGCGAUCGUAUGUUGUCCACAGUCCCAGCAGCUGCAGGCAAAUGGCUUUGGUCAGUCCUUCAACCGAAUCGAAUCCGAUCGCAUCAGUGUACGAAUGUGCAACGAGUACAAAAAGCUCACGACGGACAGUGUAGCAGUAAGCGCACUCACACUAAAUCCCACCCUGGUCAAGAUCGACGUGCCAAAGUGUGACAUGGUCGUGAAGCUGAUCGUCGGUGGAAAUGUGACGAAACCCGGCGAAUUUCCACACAUGGCCGCCAUCGGGUGGCGUCUACCAACCGGAGGUUACUCGUUCGAUUGUGGUGGUUCGCUCAUCAGCGAUCAGUACGUUCUGACGGCAGCUCACUGUUACAUAGAGGCUGAUGAUGGAGUGCUACCGUCGAUCGUGCGUCUGGGCGAUCAGAGCCUCGUGCGGCAGGAUGAUGGCGCGGAACCACAAGACUACCAGAUCCUGCGAUUCAUCGUGCACCCGGAGUUCAAAUGGCGUGAGGGAAAGUACAACGAUUUGGCUGUGAUCCAACUGCGCGAUCGUGUCAGGUUUACGAAUUUCAUCAGGCCGGCAUGCCUGUACGAUACGGAUGUCCUGAGCACUCCCACGGUAAUUGCCACCGGAUUCGGACUGAUGGAGGAUUUCGGUACUAAGUCGGACGAACUGCGCAAGGUGUCACUGUAUAUCUACGGGAAUGAUCUGUGCGCCGAACGGUAUCGCUUGAAUCGUCACAUGCGCCAGGGUAUCCGGAACUCGCAGAUGUGCGUCGGUAAUUUGGCCGGUGGGAAGGACACGUGCCAGGGCGAUUCUGGUGGACCGUUGCAGAUCACACGUGAGGAGAACCAGUGCAUGUUUUACAUUGUCGGUGUGACGUCGUUUGGGCAGGUCUGUGGCAGUGCGACUCCGGCGAUUUACACUAAAGUUAGCUCGUACCUAAACUGGAUCGAGUCGGUGGUGUGGCCGCACGAGCAAACACGUGACGAGCGGUUCACUAAUGUGGCGGUGUUUGCAAACUCUCGAGCAGAUGUGUAUACGUUUGAAAGCUUUUUUUCCUUAACUUACGGAGAGCCCUGUGUGUUUGACAGCGGACCCGGAAUCUGUCGCAGCUACAGUGUCUGCCAACGUGUGCUGGAGACGACGCGAGUGGUCAACAUAUGUGACUACGCACCCCACGCGAUCGUCUGCUGUCCGGUGGAUUAUGAGCAACGCCUGCAGCAGCUUGACGACCCUAACAAGCGCAUAAGCGUGCGAAAAUGCCAGGAGUACAACCGUCCCGGUUCUAGCGCGAUGCAGCUUGGCCAUCUUGCCGUCGGAUCUUCACUGGUUAAGGUGAAACCGAGCAAUCGGUGCCCUACAGAUCAGAACCUCAUCGUCGGUGGAACACCGGCACGGUAUGGCGAGUUCCCGCACAUGGCACGGCUUGCCGUCGUGAAUGCCAACGGUCAGUACACGUUUGUGUGCGGUGCCACACUGAUCAGUGAGCAGUGGGUCAUGACAGCUGCCCACUGUUUGGAGUCACCGACAUUGGCCGUUCGGCUGGGAGAAGUUAAGGAGGGCAAUCCUGACUAUGGAGAACCGAUCGACGUCCGGGUUCAGCAUAUCGUGGCACAUCCGAACUAUAAAGGCAAAACGGUGUACAACGACAUAGCGCUGCUGAAGCUGGCCAACCCGGUGACGUUCUCUUCUCGCGUCAGACCUGCCUGUCUGUACAGCGAGGAAGACUUCGCUCGCACCAAAGCAGUUGCAAUAGGAUUCGGAUCCAAGCAAAUAUAUGAAGAAAACUCGAAGGAACUGCUGAGGGUUUCGCUGGACGUUUUCUCUACGGCUGGUUGUGCCAGUUAUUUCCCACCACGUGGUCGCGUACCGCAGGGCAUCCAAAGCACUCAGCUAUGUGCCGGGUUCUUGCAGGGUGGACGUGAUACCUGUACUGGAGACUCCGGUGGUCCGCUUCAAAUAUACUCGAAUGAUGGCAACUGCCGAGCGCAGAUUAUCGGCGUCACCUCGUUUGGUGUGAGCUGCGGAUCCUCCACACCAGGCAUUUACACCCGUGUGUCUGAGUACAUUGAUUGGAUAGAAUCGACGGUGUGGCCGAAAAGUGGGUAA